GAUUAUUUUCGGUCGAACAAUAAUCAGAAAUAAUUCGACUUCAUAUCAAAAUAAAACUGUUCAGAUGGAAUUAAUUCAUAAGGGAUUUGAGGAAAAAUUAUUGUAAACAUUAUUCAGUUGAGAACUAACUCUGUCAAGAUGAAGUUUGUUCUAAGUUUGAUAUUUUUGGGGUUGAGUUGUUGUCAACUAACCUAUGGUGAUAUCUAUUUUCAUAACCCAAGGGGAAGUAAUAACCGAUUAGAUGAGAGUUCUAGAGCACGACAGAAUGCUAACAGAUUAUUUAACUCUCAGAAUAAUGCUAGAGGUGGAUAUAAUGUUGGUAAUGUAUUUUAUUAUGGUGGCUCACAGCUGCAGUUUGAAUGGACCAAUCAACAUUCAUGUGGUAACCAGAAUGCUAACUGUGAAAUAGUUAUACAGUAUAUGUGUGGAGAAAAUGUCCGAGAUGGUGUGACCAGACAGACAAUCCCAGAGAAUCUUGCCCAGUGUAAAGAUAUGAAUUGUAAUACUGAUACAGAGUUUGGAAUGCACGAGAGUUAUGAGAACUGGUUAAAAUGUAGUUUACGUCAGAGGAAUAACGGUUUAUUUAUAGCUGAUCAGAAUUUAGGAGGUGGAAGAAAACGAGCUAGACAUACUAGACAGAAUGCUAAUGGACAGAGACGGGGGUAUGAAUGUUCUGAAGAAAGAGAUUAUUAUCCAUACUGGCAUCCAUCACCAUGGAGGGAUAUUGUAGUAAUGACCAAUGAUAUUAACAGAUGUCCCUAUUAUAAGACUGAGAGUGAGAAUGUGAAAGGUAGAUGGUAUUGUGAUAUUCCACUACAGGUUUUAGAACUCAACAGAAGAAAGGGGUUGAUCAUACCCAAUAACAAGGCUGAUUGUGAUGCUUUUAGAUGGCCAAGAAACGACCCCGAAGGUACAAGAGGUGUCUGGACUCAAGCUCCUUCUCACGGUUUAGAAGAACCGGUUUGCCAGGAAACCGAGUUCACCCGUGACAACCACAACGGUAAUGGUUUACAUGGUACACCCAACACUUUCAACUGGACCAUUCCCAAUAUAGAGGAAGAUAAAUGUGUCUUCAGAAUCAGGUACAACAUUUCAACCAAUGACUAUGCUCCAUGGGACACUGAUGCCGAGCAAAAUGCCAAUCCCAGAAAUCGUGGUGCCGGAACCAACGUCAAUAUUUUCGAGAGGUAUGGAUUCGAGAACGCAGACGCUGCAGGAGACAGAGGAUAUAUUUUCAAGAAUGAUCCAACAGUCAAAGUUUUUCCAGAUUUGGACGUUGAUCUAGCCAUCGCCUUGGAUACAGCCCAGUUUGGACGAACCUUCCAAGAUAGGACCUUCGUGUUUGCCAUCCAGAACAGACCAAGUGACGUACCAGCUGAUGCCAAGAUACAUAACCUCAAUGUUCGUGGUAAACGUGGUAACAUCGUAGAGACCUACCCAGCCGUGGAAUACGACUUCGUACCAACUGAUCUACAUGUUUCUGAAGAAGAUUAUGUCCAUAUUCAAUGGACAGGUUCAAACACUAACAACAAUGGUAAUGAUGGUCAAGGUCGUGCUGGAUCAGAUAGAAACAAUAUAGUGUUGAUGAAUAACCAAGUGUAUCCAGAGGGCACUGGUGUAUAUAAUGGACCUGGUCAAGAGUUUGGACAUUAUGGUGUCAACUACCCAAUCCACGCCAGUGAAGCACCUCUUGGUAUUGACGUUCUGCGAAGAUUGGCCUUCCUCGAACCAGGACAAUUUGGCGGUGAGAUGUCAGAAUUAGAUGAUGCUGGAACUUAUUUCAAUCUGGGGGCUAUCAAGGCACCAGACGCCGGCACCUACCAUUAUAUGUGUACCAGAAACAACGCUUUCACUAACCGCGACCAGAAGGGGCGUCUUCACGUACAUCCCUACACCAUGGAAACCAGAAGUAUUGGUCAGAUGGGAGGAACUUUACAAGCAAAGAAGUCCAAGUUAAGUGUAGAUGAAAAAGUGUUCAAUAUUUUAAGAACAUUAAGUUUAGAGGAAUGGCCAGUAGAAGCAGGGUCCAAGAAACUGGAAUCCAAAAAUAAGAAGAUUACUGUUGGAGAUGACUAUGCCAGUGAUUUCCUCCGAGUUUAUCCAGAAAAAAAAAUAGCGGACUCUACAAAAACAUUUACCAUUGAAAUGGAGGUGGACAGUUCACAAAAUGAUGUUCAAAUUUACAGAUCCCAUUCUGAUAAUUUUGCUACAUGGACGAAAGUUCCGGCAAAAAUUGAAGAUGGUAAAGCUGUUUUCCAGGCUCAAGAAGGCGGAGUUUAUGUUGCCAGGAGUAACAGAAAUGUGGCGUUAAUCGUUGGACUUACGAUAUUUUUCAUAGUUUUGGCCAUAAUUAUAAUUGGUGGGUUUAUAUAUUUCAGGCGGCAUCCAAAAAAAUUUCAAGAAGUGAUAAGUAACAUGCGCAAAACUGAGCGUUCAUUGCACAAAAAAGUUUAA